AUGACUUGGUUCCAUCUCUGCUUGACAGACAUUGACUUUGCCACGCGUAAGAUUGCCUGCGCCCUCCACCAGAGGAAGGUCUUCAUCCAGGAUGGAGACACGUUGACCAUCAAGACCCUCAGCACGUUCCGGAACUACGAGCUCACCUUCACCGUCGGCGUGGAGAUGGAUGAGCACACCAAAGGCCUCGACAACAGGGUCGUCAAGGCCCUGGCGAAGUGGGAGGGGGAUCGGCUGGUGUGCACACAAACAGGCGAGAAGGCCAACCGAGGCUGGAAACACUGGAUAGACGCCGACGGCAAACUGGUUUUGGAGCUGACCUGUGAAGACAAAGUGUGCAUUCAGGUCUUCAAGAGGGGCCAGUGACCUCCACUUCACUGCAGGCUGCGGGGAGCUGCUACCAGUAUACACAACUCAGCCAUGGGCUGCCAGGGUUGCCAGACGCCCAAAAAAUGCCCAAAACCUGCCUGGAAACACAAAGUCCCACCCAAUUUGAACUAAAUUCUAUUGAUUUCUAUGGCCAGAAAUUUGCUGAAAACACUGUGUGCUGCCCUACCUACAAAGGCAAACUACAGUAACUACAGUAACUAACAGUAACACUGAAACUGAGAAAAAGGAAUUCAAAGUAUUGGUAUUAGGUUUGGGUAUUGUAGCUAGUGCAAC